UUCACUCUGAAUUAGAUAUUUGUAGGCUCUGAACUGCAGGAAAGUGCUGUGGAAGAUUAAGCCUUCUGUAAUGCAGUUUAAAAUACAGCGUAGAUCACAUUGAAGCUACCUCAUGUUUUUGCUAGUUACUGUAUGAUUUCAAAGUUAUCAUGUUAUCAGAUUAUUAAGCAUGAGUCAUCUUAUCAGAUCUUGCCAGUCUGAAUUAAGAACUUACAUAAUCUAUAAAAUGUCAUUUAGAAAGCAAGAGCAGACUGUCAGCCAGGAUCCUGCUGUCUCACUGAGCAGACAAGGUACUCUUCAGAAAACAGGGGACAUAAUAAUGCAUUUUCUGUGCUUUCUACAGCAUGAGUCCCUCCCUGCCUGCCAAAGUGCCAUUGGCAACUUCUGUUGCAGUUGGCAAAAUGAAGACACAGUGCUUCUGAGUAACUGCACAAACAAUCUUGGCCAUGACAGUCAGACUGUGGCAGAUCUUAUCUCAUUUCCCUAAGGGAAAAGCGGUCCUUCAGCCAAAGAGGCUUUCUGUCUUCCCAAGACACAGUCCUGGUUGUGUAGCAACUGAGCAGCUCUGUGACACCACACAGGGCUUAGACAGAUGCAGCUUCUUGUAUUGCUGACUUUACCUCUCCCUCCUUUCCCCUGUUCAUUUUCCAGAUUGUCUUCUUUGCCAUGCUAUGAGUAUGGUGCUCCUCUUCCUGUGUUUUAGUGUUUCUGCUGUGACAGGGUACGUUGUCAGUACAUAUCUUUGAAUACAUCUCUUAGGAGAAAUAUGGAUGCCUCAGGGGUUUUGACCUGUUAAGAGUGAUUUUUAAAAGCUUUUAAAAAAAUAACAAAGUAUAGCAAAAAAGACAUUUUAGAUAUUUAAAAGUUGUAUGUUUGAUAAAGAAGGUCUUCUCCAGUGCCUAAAAGACUUCCAAAUUGGCGACCUUCUGCAUUUAUUAUACUUAAUAGAUGCACUCUGUGUGCAUGUCAUGCAAGGAGACAUUGUGUUGCAGGUGAUGCUCUGAGAUCUCAGUUUGCAUGUGGGCUGGAACUCAAGGUAUUGUAGCUGUUCUCUCUGCAUGCACUUUGGCUUGAGUGACUGCAAAAACAAGCUUGAAUUUUACACAAUUUUAUUUCCUAAUGAUGUGCUUUAUUCCCUCCGUGCUUAAUUUCAAAUUAAUAUUUUCAUGUUGAAAAAAUACCUAGAAAACUGCAAAGUUUCUAGAAAUUCCCAUGCUGGCUCAAUUCUUGACCUCACCAAAGACUCACAGUAGGUGGGGUGGAAAAACGCAGGAGGAGCCUUGUGGGGAAAAUCAUAGGCAGUACUUGCCUAUUUUAUUUCCAGUUUUGGUUUCCACAGACCAACCCUGGUGAAUGGUUCUGGGUGGGCAGGGAUGUGCAAGCUGCAAAAUCAUUGAAAUACAGCCUGCUCACCUCCCUUGGCACAGAACAAACACAGAUAUCUGCAGGUAACUGGUGACAGGUGACUCUGAGGAGCAACUAGGUAGGCAGGUAGUAAUUUGUGUUGAUUUUAGGGAAAGCAUUCCCCAGGGGCACUUAGCCACCGUGUGGCUGUCUUUUUGAGCCUUGAUGCAGUUCAUUUUGCAUCUGAAAUGCUUGUGUAGAAGAGGAGAAGUAAUAAAAUUAGGUGUAACAUUGCCAUGAAUACUGCAUUUCAUGUGGGAAAAAUGUAACGGGCUUUCCUGCCUAUAUGAAAACAAAACUGAAAUGAGAACAACAGGAAUUCCAAGACUUGGAGGUCAUGUUCACAAAGCACAGCAGAGAGAGGCUUAGGGAAAGCCUCCAAACAGACCUGCAGAAAUGAGAAGUUCAUGGAUACUUUAGUUGUCCCUCCAGCUGUCACUGGAGAUAACUUCUCUGUCAUUAGGUGUGUACAAAGAGACACACAUACUUUGCUGUCAUCUUGCACUGCAAAUUUCUAAAUACUUUUGGUGGAAAUAGCAAAAGUUUUCUUGAACUGAAUCAUGAUUUCGGUGUUGGAAAACAGACAAUAUGAAAGAAAAAAAGCAAAAUGUCAAGUGUCAAAGGAAAUUUAUGGCUUAAGUCUUGCAGGUCCUUUAAGAGUCACUUAAGCCUUUGAGCACCUGAUGACUAUCAGUAUAGAACAAUGAAAGGUGAGUUUGUUUCCUCAUUCCUUGUAUUGAAAAUUCAAGUUUCAAGCCUUCCUUUUGAUAUGUUUUAAAUUCAGUUGAAAAGGAGAUAUUUUAUUCAGUUGAGAAAUGUGCAUAAAUUAUGUAAAACUUCACAGUUUCUUCGGAUCCAGUAAAAGCUGGUGCUUGAUUGCCACCCUGGUGUUCCAGAUUAAUAGUAUGUUUUAAGAUUCUGUUUCAUUUUCAUUUCCUAGGUAUGAACACACAAUCACCAUCUUUUGGGCUGCUUUUAUAUUUUGUCAGAAAUUUAAGCUUCUAAUCAUUUUGCCUGAUACUGAAUUGGCUUGCUUGAAAAAGAGUGUUCUCUUUAGCUGUGUAUUGCGGAGAUGUUCUGAGAAUGAAGAAUGAGGCUGCUUAAAAUCAGGUGUAGUUUUGAGACAUGUUUUGAAGUGCAUGAGGUAAGAGUAAAAUGGGUUUAGCUGAGUGUACAGAAGUUUAAUUUUCCCAUGCAAAUGUGGUCAUGCUUUGGGAGUGCUGAAGAGUGGGGUUUUGCUCUGUCUCUCUGCAGGUGAGACGUAAAUAUGAGCUUGGCAACACACAACCAUCAGUGCCAGGAUCCUGUGAUCUGAACCGUGUCUUCAGCUGACUUCCCAGGGGCCAGGCGCUGUUGAUCCUGUACCAUGGAGGACUGCCUUCACACCUCCUCUGAAAAUCUCUCCAAGCUGGUGAGCUGGGCCCACAGCCAUGGGACCAUCUGCAGCCUCAUCCCCAACCUCAAGCACCUGCUUUCUGAGGGGGCCCAUGGCAACCUGACAGCCAUGUGGGGCUGUAGUGCUGGCCAUGCCUACCACUGGCCCCUGGCCGCCACUUGCCGGGCCGGCUCCCAGGAGCGUGUCUGCUUCCAGGACAGCCGCAGCUUCAACUCAGACAGCCCCAGCAUGCUGGGGGUGCCAUCAGAGGCCCAGGCCAGCCCCCUGGAGCGCUACCCAGGCCGGCCAGGGAAGGCCAAGCUGGAUUGCACCCGCACUCGUGACUCCUGCGACUUCUCCUACUGCAGUGAGCCGUCAGAGCUGGGUGAGCCUGUGGAGGAGUAUGAGGAUGAGGCCACCCUCUUCGACAUGGUCUGUGAGUCCUCUGUCACCGACGAGGACAGUGACUUCGAGCCACACCCACACCGUGCUCCCUCCGGCCCCCGCAAGCGGCCGGCUGCCGCUGCCCAGGCCCAGGCGCAGUCCGUCGAUGAGGGCGGUGGUGAUGUGCUCCUCAAGAAGAUCAAGCAGGAGCUCCCUGAGGACUACUAUAUAGUGGCCANGCCCCGCAUGGCCACGCAGCGGCCACCCCGGGGACCCCUGGCCUCCCCGGCACGGGGGGCAGGCGGUGGCCCUGUGGCUGCCCUGCAGGUGCCAGCCAGCAGCUCCAACGCCAUCACCACCGCUGGGAAACCCAUCAGCAUCCCCCUCUCAGCCUUGCAGCUGCCUGGUCAGGAGGAGCCACCGGCUGCUGAGGAGACCCUCCCGUCCAUCCCACAGCUGACCCCGGGUAGUGAGGUGGCCGGCUCGCCCUCGGUGAGCGCCGAGCCUGAGGUCAGCUCCAGCCAGCAGCAGCCCCACGCUGCUCCCACCACCACCCCUGAGGCAGCGGCGCAACUGAUGCCAGACCAGGAUGAGAGAGCAGCAGAGCUCAGCAGGGAGCAGAAUGAGAAGACCAUUCGCAGCACGCAGACAGCUCUCCGCAAUUUCCGAGAAUUCCUGAUUUCCAAGUAUCCCUCUGAGACCCGUGAGAUCUAUGUCAUCCCCUGCAAAGAGCUUGAUGCCUAUCUUGCAUCCUUCUUUGUGGACGCCAGACAAAAAGAUGGGUCUGAAUAUGAGCCAAACAGUCUGGCCAACUAUCAGUGUGGACUGGAGCGGUAUCUCAAAGAGCACAGGUAUGGAUACAGUAUUACAAGGGAUAAGGAGUUCAAGAGGUCCCAGGAAGCUUUAAAGCAAAAGCAGAUAGAGCUGAGGUGUAAAGGCAAAGGAAACAAACCACACAAAUCCAUGAAGCUCACCUUUGCUGAUGAGCUUAUCCUGCGGAAAAGAGGCUUAUUGAGCCGGUACAAUCCUGAAGGGCUUCUGAACCUUGUGUGGCUGAACAACACUAAGGCAUUUGGACACUGCACGGGUUUCCAUGGGUCCACCCUCAAGUGGGGAGACAUCCGGCUGCGGGUGACAGAGACUGGGCUGGAGUACCUGGAGUGGAUGGGGCCAGACAAUGGGGAUGUGAGUACCAAGAGCAAGAGAGGCGGGACGGAUUCACGGGUGUACGCCACCCAGCACUCCCCGCAGACCUGCCCCGUGCAGGACUACAAGGAGUACGCCCAGCGGCGCCCUCCGGCCAUGCGCUACGAGGAUGCGCCUUUUUACCUGUCCAUCAAACCCGUUGUCAACUUGGCUGCACUUCACUGGUACAAUUGCCAAGCCCUGGGGAAAAACAAGCUUGCCAAGAUGGUGAAGACCAUGUGUGAGAAAGGCAACAUCCCUGGCCGCAAGACCAACUUCAGCGUCUACCAGAGCUGCAGCACCCUCUCAGAAGCUCAGAGCAACCAGCUGGUGCUGAUCUGCAAUAACUUGAGCCAGCAGGCUGCCCAGUCCAUGGCAAGCCACUCCAAUACUGGCAACUUCAUAGUGUCAGCAUCCUAUGACUCUUCGUCUGACACGGCUUGAAAGAACACUGAACACUGUUUUCUUUUCCUUUUUGUUUCAAGCAUUCAGUUUGUGCUCAGUAAUACACGUCAGCUGUGAUUGUACACUAUUCCCCCUCGUAGCCCUCUCUCCAGUGUUAAUUCACUUUAUAAGAAUAUAUAAACAUAUAAUAUAUUUUUCUUUUUACAAAUAAGGCAACAGAAAUAGUUUAGUAUUACUAACAGUAUUUAUAGUGUUAAUGCAAGAAUGAAAGGUACUUAUGGGUUAUAAUAUGAAUGGAGAUUUUAAAAGGAUAAAAAUGGUUCUCAGGCAACACAAGAUAGACUGAAUAUACCAUUUUUAACAUGCACACAUUAAUGAGUGUAAAUCCCCAGGGAGGCUUACGUAGCAAUUCUGUUCUGAAGCAUUUUUUUAACUUAGUAUUUUAACAUGACCUCCCACAGUGGAGAAGACAAACUUAUCAUUGGCUGCUGCUUCUUACCUGCUAGCUUAUUCUUGAUCAGCAAGACCAAGAAAUAAGAAAUACAUCAAUGUAAGUCACAAAACCA